GUAGGUAAAACUUCUCUUGUUAUACGAUAUAUAGAAAGGACAUUCUCGCCAAACUCGACGUCGACAAUUGGUGCUUCUUUCAUGACCAAAAAACAAACAGUAGACGAUUGUAAGGUCAGGCUGCAAAUUUGGGAUACAGCUGGACAAGAAAGAUUUCGAGCAAUGGCUCCUAUGUAUUACAGAGGUGCUCAAGCAGCUUUAUUGGUUUAUGAUAUCACAUCACAAGACAGUUUUGAAGAGUUAUCUUCUUGGAUUGAAGAGUUAAAACGGAAUAUGACCGAAGAGCUUGUUAUAUUAGUAGCAGCUAACAAAUUAGACUUAGCACAGAAUAGAAGGGAAGUAUCAUAUGAUGAAGCGCAGAAAUAUAUCACACGUGCCCUAGGACCAGAGGCAUUAAUCUAUGAAGUAUCAGCCAAAGAAGAUGACGGUAAAAUGGUUUAG